AUGUCGUUUGGAUCGUUGUUGAGGUGUGCCCAUAGCUUUUGGAGGUCCUUGGGAAGGGUUGACAACCAUGGGAGCACCGGUGGCGGUGCAGACACAAAGGGGAUAUCUUCUGCAGCCCCCCUCGGCCUACCCUCAUUACUAUAUAACUUAGUCGAGCAGAAAUACCCCACGUCAUACGAAGACUCUCCGUCAAGACCUAGCCAUAAUGAUGUGCAGGGUACGAAGAUUGAAACUGGACAUCGCAUGUUGAGCUGGAGCAGAUUGAGCCAGCGAGAAGCGUCUAUCGUCACCCAGUGA